AUGCAUCUCAAGGUUCUUCUCUGGUGCGCCGUCACCGUCGCUGCUAUCCCGACUUCCAAGAUCGAGGGUGCUACCUCGGCCAAGCGCAAAGAAAUCGAGACCGAAAGCGCACUCUAUCCUGUCACAUGGCCAUCCAAGAAGGACGAGUCUCAUACCGAGGGCGCCCUAUAUCCCGUUACUUGGCCCUCCAAGAGGAACGAGGAGGGCGUCGAAGGCACUCUUUAUCCUGUCACUUGGCCAUCCAAGAAGAGUGAGGCCAAAACUGAGGGUGCGCUCUACCCUGUCACGUGGCCUGGCAAGUAG